UUCCAGGCAUCAUAUACCAUAUUGUACAUAUAUACAGCCAUAACGAUGACACAAUCCAAGUCUGCAAAGCGCAAGCGUAAUGCACAGGGAGGAACUCCCCAAAAACACGCUAAAGUCACAAAGACAGCUUUGGCCGUCACCACAAUCCCCGCUGACGAACCAUUCGAGAUUAAGCGUUUACAGUCGGUCAUCUCAGAUGAAGAGCUCGAAGUGACGAUUGAUACUCUUACUACGCUAGCGCAAUACCCAAGCUUAACAAAGUCCAAACUUUGCAGAAACCUUCGAACAGCCGUGUAUGAUUUUCGACAGUCAUGCACUACAGGUGUCAAUGCUACCACGGAGGCUGCAAAUCUCACGGCAAGAGUGUCUGCUGCACUCGCUGAUGAGAAGUACCUCGAGGCGAAAAUUUUACUCGCGGAGAUGCGUCUCAGAGGCGAGGAACCGAAGCUAGGUGCACUCUGCCGCUGGGUGCGAGAUCUUGACGUUGUAACGCAACCUAGGCAAACAAAUGCCAAUGACCCUGAACGCUCUGCAAAGGAUGAUGAGCUUCUUAGCGUACUAGAUGCCGUAUUACGUGUUAGCUGCCCAGUGGAUGGCAACUCGGGGCCGGGGAAGCUUUUACCUGGAUUGUCUCCUCGAAUCGCUUUUCAAGCAACAUGGGAUCUACGAUCAUCUACUACACCAUAUCAAAUCUAUGACUCCGUUCUAGAUAAAUCAAUAUUUGCAUCAGCACCCGGCACGGCGGCUUCUUCUCUACGUAUCAUUGAAACAACUCCUGGCCACCUCCGCAAUCCUCCCAACUAUCACCCAGCUAUCCUCUACACAUCUCAGCCUGAUACCGUACUGCUAUCAUCAGAAUGCCCUCAGAUUAAACUCCACAAACAUCCAAACGUGGCCAAUCUCAGUCUUGCGACAAACGUUCUUUCACCUUCUGAAUGCAAGGCUAUUAUUGCUAUUGGAGAAACCGUUGGUUUUCUUCCUGACACUCCUGUGCGCGAAGGUGGUGACACAAGUGUUUUGGCGCACAAUUUUUACUGGAUCGUCGAUACCUCAUUCCAUGAUAGGCUUUGGGCGCGUAUUUCGCCUUUUGUGCCGGCAUCGAUCAAUGGUCGCUUAGCUCGUGGCAUUAAUCGACGUUUCCGUGUGUACCGAUACGUUCCUGGUGCAGAAUAUCGGUGCCAUAUCGAUGGAGCAUGGCCGCCGUCCGGUAUUCGUCCAGACGAUACAUAUGUAUACGACGACUCUCCCGCAGGAAAGAAGCAAAGCUCCUUAUUUACCUUUUUAUUAUACCUCAACGACGAAUUUGAAGGAGGACAAACCACGUUUUUUGUCCCAGCUCCAUCCGAAGGAAGACUCAAUGCCUAUCGAGUGCGUCCAGUCAUAGGCGGUGUAGCAAUAUUUCCACAUGGAGAAACGAACGGCGCCCUACUGCAUGAAGGCUCAAGCGUCACAAAGGGUGCUAAGUAUAUUAUUCGAACGGACGUGGAGUAUGAUAUCGAUCCUUCCCAGGGGAACUAAGAAAAUGUAACAUGUCUCCAGAUUAAUAAGUCCAUAUAUAAUGUAUCCAAAAUUAUUUGGUUAGGCUACCACCUGUGGCAGCUAAUUGGCGCGCAAUAUUUAUCCCCCAAGCUGUUUAUAAUUACGAUUUGCUAUUCUUUCACCAUCAAGUUGGUAAUAACUAGAGAUAGUAGUGGAUUUAGGGAAGCCGGCAAAUCAUCUUCUACAUAAAAUUUGUAUUCCUCUCAAAAUUCACCAUGAUUCAAGACAUGAGAAG